CCAAGAUCGACUCCGCAUAUUAUCAGAUCAAGCCCGAUAUGCAACUCUCAGAAGAAACCAAGGAGCGCAUUGGCAAGGUCAUUGACUUGUCCCGCGUUGCCAUUCAUUAUGGCUACCUCCCCCUGAUUCUCUACCUUGGCUACACCCGCAGCGAGCCGCGACCAUCAAUCAUCCGACUCUUCUCCCCUCUCGCAUAAGCUCGACUCCUUU